AUGAUUCUUCUUAUAAUUAUUUUCUUUAUAUUUCUUUUGGGGGUUUCAAUGGUAUUUAGUUACGGAGAAAACCUCGCUUCGAAUCCAAGUCUUCUCCUCAAAUGCGUAAUGCGCGUGCAGCUUCUCUUUUGGCCAAGCAGCGAUCUUUACAGCCUCGUCUACCCUUUACUCAAUCUUCCCCAUUUCUUCUCUAAGCUUUGCUUUCAUGGGUAGUUGCCAAGAUCUUGUGGGUUGACACUCUGUAGCUCAAGUGUUUGAUAAAACCUCCCAACCAGAAAAAUAUUAGCAACAACAACCAAUUCUCAGUACAUUACUUACCGUAUCCAAAGACUUGAGCUUUCUGCGUCGCACUCGGUUUCAGACUUUCAGUUCCUUUUUUGGUUUAAAACCCUUCUCUUCAAGCUACUUGCUUCCCUUUUUCCCGUUCUUCCUUCUUUUUCUGCUUGGUUCUUUCCUUCUCUUACCCUCUUGCUUCUUCUGGGUCUUUUUCUUUCUUGGGGUUUCAUGAGUUCAUCUGGGGCUCCUUCUUCUUGUCCUGCUGUGUCCUGCUGAGGAUUAGAGAGAGCGAGCGAGAGAGGGGGAGGGAGAUAGUGCUGGAGAUUUCUUGCAGAGGAAAUGGAAUCAUUAACUCCAUUCCAACUUCUUUCUGUUGUAGCCGCUAUAACGCUCUUUGUGGCCUGCCCGUCUCAGUGCUUUCCUCAGGAUGAAGUUUCAGCCCUGUAUGCAUUCAAGGAAGCAAUUUAUGAAGACCCUCUUCUGAUUCUAUCCAAUUGGAAUGCUCUAGAUACCAUUCCUUGUGGCUGGGCUGGCGUUUAUUGCUCAUCUACCGGAGACCAUGUUUUCAAGAUAAACGUAUCUGCAGCAUCUCUCCGAGGGUUCAUUGCACCGGACUUGAGCAGGAUCACAAACUUGCAAGAACUAAUCUUACAUGGCAACAAUCUGAUUGGAACCAUACCGAAAGAACUGGGCAAUCUGAAGCAGCUUAAGAGGUUGGAUUUAGGAGCCAAUCAAUUGACGGGUCAGAUUCCUCCAGAGCUGGCAACUAUAUCCGGCAUCAUGAAAAUAAACCUUCAGUCUAAUGGGCUAACUGGGACUCUACCUAUCGGGUUUGGCAAUUUAAGAUAUCUUCAGGAACUCAUCCUGGAUAGGAACAAACUCCAGGGUACUGUUCCAGCCAGUACUGAUUUGGCUUCCAAUAUGCAUGGAAUGUAUACUUCAGCUGAAAACUCAACUGGUCUAUGUCAAGCAUCUAACCUCAAAGUAGUUGAUUUCUCUUACAACUACUUCACUGGAACUGUACCUAAAUGCUUGAGAUAUCUUCCGAGCACAAGUUUUCAAGGAAAUUGCCUUCAGAACAAAGAGUCAAGACAGCGUAGUGCUGCACAAUGUAGCUCUUACUCUGGUCCUAAACCUGUCAGACACCAUCCACCAUUUCACCCUAAGCACCCAGCUGCUGAAGCUGUUUCCUCCAAGGAACACCAGGGGAAAUCAAAGCCAGCAUGGUUAUUAGUGUUGGAAAUAGUGACAGGAACCAUGGUGGGCGCUAUCUUUGUUGUUUUCCUUUUCACUGCCUUACAGAGAUGGAACGCCAGAUCUGCUAUUAUAAUGCCUUGGAAGAAAUCAAGUAGUCAGAAGGAAAAUGUGACUGUAUACAUAGACUCUGAAAUGCUGAAAGAUGUGGUGAAGUUUAACAGACAAGAACUCGAAGUAGCCUGUGAAGACUUUAGCAACAUCAUUGGCUCUUCACCAGAUAGUUUGGUUUAUAAGGGAAACAUGAAAGGAGGUCCCGAGAUUGCCGUCAUAUCUCUCUGUAUCAAAGAGGAAAACUGGUCUGGCUACCUUGAACUCUAUUUUCAGAGAGAGGUUGCAGAUUUGGCAAGAUUAAAUCAUGAGAAUACUGGAAAGUUGCUGGGUUAUUGUAAAGAGAGCAGUCCAUUUACCAGGAUGUUAGUGUUUGAAUACGCAUCAAAUGGAACCUUGAAUGAGCACCUUCACUAUGGAGAGGAAUGCCAAUUUUCUUGGACACGGCGCAUGAGAAUUGUGAUGGGUAUCGCUCGUGGGCUCAAGUACCUUCACACAGAACUUGACCCACCUUUCACGAUAUCAGAGUUGACUUCUAGUGCUGUUUACCUCACAGACGACUUCUCUCCCAAGCUGGUGGAUUUUGAGAGUUGGAAGAGCAUUCUUUCUAGAUCAGAAAAGAAUUCAGGUUCUGUUGGUGGCCAAGGUGCUAUCUGUGUACUUCCGAAUUCUAUGGAGGCGCGCCACCUGGACAUUCAAGGCAAUGUCUAUGCUUUCGGGGUACUACUGCUAGAAAUUAUCAGUGGCAGGCCUCCAUACUGCAAAGACAAAGGGUCCCUUUUAGACUGGGCUAAGGACUUACUUGAAGUACCGGAGGCAAUGUCUGAUCUUGUGGAUCCUGAGGUAAAGAAUUUCAAGCAAGAGGACCUGAAAGCCAUAUGUGAAGCGGUAAAACUAUGCAUCCAUCCAGACGGAACGAAGAGGCCUUCAAUGCGGGAGUUAUGCACGCUGCUGGAAAGCAGAAUUGACACAUCUGUAUCGUUUGACUUCAAGGCAACUUCAUUGGCAUGGGCCGAGCUUGCAUUGUCAUCAUGAAUAGAGUUUGAGGAAAAGACUUUGAUUGAGCUAACACACUGUAAAGCAAAUAGAGACAUCACUAAUACUCAUUUCUUUCUUUGGUUUGGUGUCACCUUGAUUCUUUGUCAGGAUUUCUUUUUGGUUAUUUACUCCCCUUGUAAAUGUCUGCAUGGCUAAAAGAGAAACUUGAGAGUGCUUCUUGCAUGACACAAAAUGAAGUUGUGCCUGCCAUCUCCCUUCUCAUUUGUAAUACCAUUACCACCCCCAAUUGGGACUAUGUAAUGGAUGACUGAUGUUGAAUCACAGUAGAUGUAGAGUUCACUGAACUCUUGUUGAUGAUAUUUGAAUGAGCAAGAGUUGUUUCUACCAAGUCUUUUUCCGUCC